GACCAAAAAUUUCAGAGUGAAGUUCGAUGUACCUUUGAAUGUUUGGUGUCAAUUCAUCUCGGCCUCUUUCGUCUUCACAUGGAACUAGGCAUUUCUCUAUAGUCCACUAUUUCAAAAGAGAAGAGAAGAACGAAACCCACUGAAACGACUUUGCUAGUUUUGCUUCCCUAACUGCCAUCCAUAUUCAUUGCGCCAUCGACCUCAGCUUCGCGUAUUCUGAGAAUUACGAGGUAGAUAUUACCACUUUCUUUCAGGAUGUUCAUAGGUCACGCUGAUGCUCUAUCAGAAAUGAAGUCAUUGAAAGAUCAGAUAGUUGUAGAUCCAACCUCUGAACUAAGUGAUGAUGAAGACGAAGACUCUGUGGAACAAAUCAUUUAUACAGCUUCCUUUCAAGAACUUGCGGGAAAUAGCGUUCAAUAUGACACUGUCAUAUGGCUCUCUGUAUCGCUGUUGCUGAUUUUAGCUUGGGGUGUGGGACUUAUUAUGUUGCUUUACCUGCCCUUUAGGAGAUAUGUGCUUCAAAAGGAUUUAUCUUCUCGUGAAUUGUAUGUUACCCCUACUGAAAUAGUUUACAAGGUGUCAAGGCCUUCCUUCAUACCCUUUUGGGGUAUUGUUACAAUUGAGAAGCACGUGCCUCUUGCUUUGGUGAUCGAUAUUAUUAUUGAGCAAGGUUGCCUGCAGUCUAAGUAUGGAGUUCAUACUUUUCGAGUUGAAAGUAUAGCACAUGGAAAAGCUGCACCUGUUGAUGAACUUCUGGUUCAAGGGGUUUCUGACCCUGAUAUAUUGAAGAAGGUGAUCAUAACAGCAGCUUCAAAUAACUCACAAGAUGGAAGAACAAGUUGGAAAGCAACUGUUCAGAGCGUAGAUGUGGAAACAUUGACUGAGGGAUCAGUUGUUUUGAGAUCACCAUCUAAAUCUCUGAAGAUGAUGAGCCCACCGCAGUCUGCUUCUCGAGAGCGAAGGGCACCCAGUAGAUUGGUGCUUAAUAGACUUGAAGAAAUCAAUAGAACAGUAAAGAGACUUGAGCAGCAUUUUGAGAAGUCAUAUGCUCCCCCGGACAGCAGCUGAAUCAAGAUUCCAUUGGUUCGUUGGGCUGGAAUUUCAAAUUAUUUGUACUUUAUUUGCUACUACCUUUGACAUUUCUGUAUAGAUCGUGUCUUAUAUCUGUAGGCAUGUAUAUGAUUGGUUUUGACUCUGGUCGAAAGUUCGAUCUUCAAAUGAUGAUGCCCUUUACAAAACGGUGGCUGAACUGGAUUGUGGAUGAUGGAUGAGAUGCAUUAACCAAAUAUGAAAUCAUAGUUAUAAACUUAUGUUCUGA